AUGACUGCCAAAGAGCCCCCAGUCAUCGACUUCGCACCAUUCUACGGCCCCGAUUCCCCCGCAAAAGAUAACCUAGUCAAGGAACUACGACAAGCCUGUGAAGAAUUUGGGUUCUUCCAGAUCAUCAAUCACACCAUCCCCUCCGACCUCCAAGACGCGAUUCUCCACCAGAGCAAGAAAUUGUUCGACCUACCAAUUGAGAUUAAGGAAAGUUAUAGCAAGGACAUUGGCGACUUUAACCGCGGCUACGAGCGCCUACGCGCACAGAACUUCGAGAAACGCACCGCAGGAGAUCUGAAAGAGGGCUUCUACCUUGGAAAAAACCUGCCGCUUGACGAUCAGUAUGUAGUUGCGAGGAAGUUUGGACAGGGGCCGAAUAAGUAUCCCGAGGAGCUUGGGACGGAAUUCCAGUGUGUAACAGAAAGAUAUCACGCUGCGCUUACCACGCUCGCGGCGGGUAUUCUGCAAAUCCUUGCUCGCACGUUGGAUCUGGAUGAAAAUACUUUCAGUGAUUUUUGUGAGCAUCCUGUCGCUGUGUUGAGAUUACUUCAUUAUCCACCGCAAGACCCCGAUGCUUCUGCACUGGAACGUGGAAUCGGCGCCCACACCGACUUCGGUGCUAUAACAAUCCUCCUACAAGACAGUACCGGCGGCCUACAAGUCUGGAACAACAUAACUUCAACUUGGGUCGAUGUAAAGCCCAUUCCAGGCGCAUAUGUCGUGAACCUGGGCAACAUGAUGAUGCGAUGGACGAAUGACCGAUAUCUCUCCAAUCUGCACCGUGUCAUCAAUAAGAGCGGCAAGGAACGGUUUAGUGUGCCGUUCUUCUUCUCGGGGAAUCCGGAUUAUACAAUUCGCUGCUUUCCGAGUUGUGAGACGGAACUGGGGGCGAAGUAUGACCCCGUUACGGUGGGGGAGUGGAUGACCGGGAGGUAUGCGGAUACGUAUGGGAAGGGGGAGGGGGCUAUUGAGGAGUUGAGGAAGGAGCUGCAUGUUGGUGCUGUGGACUUGAAGUCUGGUGAGGGUCUGUAG